AUGUUUCUCCAGCGAGGAUCCCGUGUGCUACAGAAGCAAUGGCAUGUUGCCAGAACCAUGGGCAACAUGGCAAUGCGCCCUCAGUCUUCAAUCAAGGUCUCUUCUCCCAGAUGGUUCAGCGAGUCUAGAAGAUUAAUGGCUAUCAAGCCAGUUGUCCUGGCCGAUAUUGGUGAAGGUAUCGUCGAAUGCGAAGUCAUUCAAUGGUUCGUGGAACCCGGUGCUCGCGUCGAAGAGUUCUCCCCACUCUGCGAAGUCCAAAGCGAUAAAGCCUCUGUGGAAAUUACAAGUCGCUUCUCCGGCGUGGUCAAGAAACUGCAUUAUGAAGCAGGCGAGAUGGCCAAAGUCGGCAAGCCCUUUGUUGACAUCGAUAUCGAGGGCGAGGCCAAGGCUGAAGACGUCGCAGCGAUAGCUGAUCAACAAGCUGAUAAGAAGGAUGUACCUCCACCACCACCUUCAGAGUCCAAGCCCGAACAAACACAACCACAAACCUCACCAGAAGCCCCAGUCGAAACACGGGUUAAGGAGAAGGGCAAAUGCGCCAGCAUCGCUACUCCGGCGGUGCGACAUCUCUCUAAGGAACUCAAAGUCGACAUCUCCGAAGUUGAAGGAACCGGAAGAGAUGGAAGAGUUCUCAAAGAAGACAUUUACAGAUUUAUCAAGGAGAAAGAUGCAAAGGGUAGCGCUCAGCAAAUAACGCCAACUCCUACACCUUCUCAGCCCCAAGAUACCUCGGUACAAUCGGAAACGGUUAUGCCUCUAUCCAACACACAACUACAAAUGUUCAAGACCAUGACACGGUCAUUGACCAUUCCACAUUUCCUCUAUGCAGACGAGAUCGACUUUUCAAGUCUUGUGGAACUGCGCCAACGCCUGAACCGUGUUAUUGCCAAGGGCCCUACGGUCGAGGGACAGCCAAGCAAGCUAUCAUACCUACCUUUUAUCAUCAAGGCCGUUUCACUGGCAUUGAAUCAAUACCCGAUGCUCAACGCCCGAGUAGAUGUUGGCCCCAAGACCAGCAAGCCAUGCCUUGUCCACCGAUCGCAACACAACAUCGGUAUCGCCAUGGACACAGCAGGCGGUCUCGUGGUACCCGUGAUCAAGAACGUCGCAUCCCUCAACAUCCUCUCCAUCGCAGCAGAACUAUCAAGACUCCAAGCAUUGGCAAGCCAGGGCAAACUCAAGCCAGCUGACUUCCAAGGCGGCACCAUCACAGUAUCAAAUAUCGGAAACGUCGGUGGUACAUAUGUCAGUCCUGUCAUUGUGGAGCGCGAAGUAGCCAUUCUAGGUAUCGGCCGGAUGCGAACGGUACCUGCGUUUGACGAGAACGAUAACGUGGUCAAGAAGCAGGUUACAAACUUUAGCUGGAGCGCUGAUCAUCGUGUUAUUGAUGGUGCUACUAUGGCACGAGCUGCUGAGGUUGUGAGACAGAUAGUGGAGGAGCCGGAUCUUAUGGUAAUGCAUCUUAAAUAG